AUGGCACAGAGUGAUUUCUCCGACGAUGACUUUGAGGAUGCUUUCAUGUCUUCUGAGGCAGCAAAAAGUAUCGGAAUUCAGCCAUGUGAAAAAAAUACCAUCAAGGUUCUGGAAGAUUUCGGGUUCUCUUUCAGACCGUACGAGAUACAGCAGUGUUUCAUGCAAGAAAUGUACAAAGUUUUGGAAAAUGGCCGGAUCGGCAUAUUCGAAAGUCCAACGGGCACAGGCAAGUCGCUGAGUCUGCUGUGCGCUUCCAUAUCUUGGUUGAAGAACUUCGAAGCGAUGCAUCUUGCCGAGAUGCAAAGACUUACUGAGAACAAUUCUUCCAAAACCGAUACCAGCAACUGGUUGGAGGAGUUCGAACAAGAGAAAGAACUAAAGCAGUUGAGGUUCGAGGCUGAGGCUGAACUGAAAAAACGUCAGGAGCUGGGAGAACGAUUAAAACAUGCCAAUGAAUCGUUAAUGGGUAAGCAGUAA